GGAAUUUUUACUUUUAACUCAUUUUAAUACAAUCAGUAAUAAUGUAUUGCUACAUAUGAAUCCAUCCUUUGAGGAAACUGCGGUAAUUCAUUUUUGCGAAGCCAUGUAACCUCAUCGCUAGGAGAUGAAUUUGAUCGUUUGAAGUCGCAAUUUAUAAAAGUCACACCAAUCUCGUCUCCAUCAGCCGCCGCCUCCCUGCUUCUGCGGUAACUCGAACUAGGCGAUAGAAGACGCAGAGAGCGAGGGCUGCUGCGCCUAACAAAAUCCCGUCGUCCGAUUGUUGGAGAAGCGAUGGAGAAGGGAAAGAGCAGGGAAGUGACCGUCUCGGCUCUGCAGUUCGCCUGCACGGACGACGUCUCCACUAAUGUCGCCACCGCCGAGAGGUUGGUAAGAGCGGCUCAUUCAAAGGGUGCAAACAUCAUUCUUAUUCAGGAACUGUUUGAGGGAUAUUACUUCUGUCAAGCACAAAGUGAAGAACAUUUCCAGCGAUCUAAGCCAUAUAAAGAUCACCCUACAAUUAUGAGGAUGCAAAAACUUGCUAAAGAACUAGGUGUUGUGAUACCAGUUAGCUUCUUUGAAGAGGCCAACAAUGCCCAUUAUAAUACCAUAGCCAUAAUUGAUGCUGAUGGGACUGACCUUGGGAUCUACAGAAAGUCUCACAUUCCUGAUGGACCAGGCUACCAGGAGAAGUUUUACUUCAAUCCAGGAGAUACUGGCUUCAAGGUUUUCCAAACAAAGUUUGCAAAGAUUGGAGUAGCUAUAUGUUGGGAUCAGUGGUUCCCUGAGGCAGCCCGGGCCAUGGCUCUACAAGGUGCUGAGAUAUUGUUCUACCCCACCGCUAUUGGUUCUGAACCUCAAGAUGAUGGGCUUGAUUCUCGUGAUCACUGGAAGAGAGUGAUGCAAGGCCAUGCUGGAGCCAAUUUGGUGCCUCUAGUGGCAUCAAACCGCAUCGGGAAGGAAUUAAUACAGACUGAGCAUGGGAAAAGUGAGAUAACAUUUUACGGGAACUCAUUCAUAGCAGGGCCGACGGGAGAAAUAGUUGAAGCUGCUGAUGACAAAGAUGAAGCUGUUCUUGUAGCAAAGUUUGAUCUCGAUAAGAUCAAAACCAAGAGACAUAGUUGGGGAGUAUUUCGUGAUCGUCGUCCAGAUCUAUACAAGGUGCUUCUUACUUUAGAUGGAAGUAACCCAUCUCUGUAAUGUGGUGAUGCUUUUUCACUAUCUUAACUUUUUAUUUCAGAGGUAAUCCCUUAAGUUACAAGUGUGUAAUCCUAACAUGAAUUCGAGCUUCUGUGCAAGGCUCAAAAUGCAAAAACUUGGGCUGGUUGCAUAAGAUCCCCAAAUCUAUUCUAUGGUUUGCUGUAGACUAUCUACAAUAAAUAAAAGUUCCUAGUUUUAUUGGUAUCUGCAUGGUUUCACUGUUUCAGAAGGUUGGAACAUGAGUUUUUCGUGUAUGUUUUCUGGUUCACAACCAUCCGGUAGGUCAACCCUUGCUGGGGAGAUUACUCUGUCCACUGUAUUAUGUGUUAGCUAAAGCCAAAGUGAAGCAACGUCAUCCAGGCUGGACAAAUUGCAGCUUCAACCUCCCAUCUUCUCUGCAAGCAUGCAGAAACUCCUGGGUAGGGAUCCUCACUUCUUUCAGAACAAACCUGCCAUCCUCCCUGUAAGAUUUGAAGCAAACCCAAGGCUUGCCGGUCUUUCCUAUGCAGGAAAUGGGCGGAGGGAAAGAAACCCCUCUAUCACUAAAAGACCUCGAUAAUCUCCUGUGUUCCCCACCUCUACUCUGAUUCUCCAAACCUGAAUAAUGCUUUGCUAUGAUGCCUCUUCCUGUUGUUGUUGUUGUGGUUGUGGUUGUCGGUGGUGAUGCUGGUGUUCUCUUCUCAAUCCCCUCUUCUUCUUGUUCUUGAUGUUGCCAUCCUGUGGUCGAUGAUAUAUUAUCAUUGUUGUUCAGAUCCUCAACAUCAGCAGAGCUCUCAGAACCGAGCCCUUCCGUGCACAGCUGCAGGCUGUCACCGAGUUUGGAACCAGACAGAGGGUAUGGAUUCUUCAGGUUGCCUGAUGGGAAAGAGGUGUCCUUGAAAUGGAGCUCACCGAAUAGCUCGGUGAAGGAGGAAUGGUCAAUAGGAGGCUUGAGUUGGUUCCAGGAAGAAGAAAGGGUUUCAAGGAGAGAUGAUGAUGAUGACGGUGAUGGAGUCUUUUCAGGUAAUGGUUUGUCAAAGAUGUGUUGGAGACUCCCACAGGCAGCCAUGGCUUUGUUUUUUGGGGAGUUACGGUUGUGCUGAAUUUAUGGUUCUUGGUACUAGAAAUGGAGGAAAGUUUCUAUUUUUUGCUGGCAGGCAGGCUAAUGAUAGUUCUUGGAAGGGGGUGAGUGAGUGAAUGGCUUUACAGAAGGAGAGAAGUGAGGGGUGACACGUGAAGUAGGUGUGGAGAGGGAAGUUGGACAAAAUCAAAAGGGUGAUGCUAUUAACUAGGGAAGGGAAGAAUGGGAGGGAAAUAUAAGAACAAGAACAGAAGGGCCUUGUUUCUUUUUAUUUUUGGACAAAAGCAACUUGGUGAGAUAGUAGGACUAGAGUUUUUCAUGCACCUUCAUAUAAAUGCUUCUAUUUUUCUUGUGACUAAUGUUGAUUUUUGGAGGUAGGUUGGGGAUUUUUGGAGGUAGGUUGCAAGGCUUGAGGGAUCCUUAG